UGUUAUUCUAGUGUAGACGUCAGAAUGAUGCAUUUUACUGCUUUCAGUCUUUGGACCCUGGACUGAUGCUGAAAAGGUGAUGAAGUGCAGAAAAGAUGCUCAGACGUGGGAACACAGACAGACGGAACCUGACCUUACACACACACACACACACACACACACGCACACACACAGUGUCUGCUGCAGGAGUGGACACAGAUAUAAACAACAACUACAGCUGUAGGAUGAGGAACAACUCAUCACCACAGGUUAAUUAAAACAAAACAAACAAAAAAAACAAAACAUGGACGGAGAUCAGAGCUGUUUUCUGUGGCUGCUCGGCUUCGCUGCUCUCUUUGUCACAGCUCAGUGCCAGUGUCACGCCGGCUGGAGGAUAUAUAAGAACAAUUGUUACUAUUUUUCAACGGAUCAAAAGUCCUGGCUGGACGCUAAUGCAUACUGUCUGGGGCAGAGGAGUAACUUAAUGAGUAUUCAGGACAUUCAAGAGAGGAUGUGGCUGAGAACACAAAUCGGAUCGGACAUCUACUGGUUUGGUCUGAAUGACCGGGUCACAGAGGGAGUCUAUCAGUGGAGUGAUGGAACGCAGUUCAUAGAACAUCUGUCUUACUGGAUGCACGGACAGCCUGAUAACUGGGAUGAUGAAGACUGUGGUCAGGUGGUAGGAUACAACUAUGGACAAUGGAAUGAUGACAAGUGCAGUAGUGAGAGAAAGUACAUCUGCAAACAUGUCAAUCGUACGUUAACCUACAAAAAUGCUCUUUUUAAUUCUCUCUCUUUUUAAAUACAUUUAAACCUGUGGUGUUUUUUUAUAAUUUGAAUUGCACCAUAGUACUUAGUAACAAAGGAUCAUGAAUUAUUGUAAGAAGUUUGUCCCCUCUGGUUCCUUUUUUGUUGUUUAAAGCAUU